AUGAGCAGCAAAAAGCAGAAGAAAACUGUAACAAAUACAGUUACAAGUACCAACGGAGUACACGAGAAAAAUUCGGAAAAUCCUCAGGACUUGAAAUUGGCUGAACAGCAAAAAGAUACGCUUCAAACCAAACUGAACUACGUCAGAGCGAACAGGAGAAACCUCCCCGCUCUGCAUUUUGCGGCCAAGGUGUCGGAUGUUGAGGUUUGCCGUCAUCUCGUGGAAAAGCAGGGUGCCAGUGUAAAUAAAAAAUACGGAAGAUCUGGCGCUACUCCUCUGCACUUCGCCGCCAUGAACAGACCCCACGGAGAUACUCUAAUCGACUUCUUUCUUGAGAAAGGAUGCAAACUCCAAAUCAAAGAUGCUCGUCGUGAUAGGCCUAUCGAUUAUGCGCUCAAAGUGGGAAAUUUCGAGCUUGCAAUCAAAUUGUUCCACCUGAUACAGAAUUGUCGAGAACCUGCAAAACAAUGGAGCUUGCUACGCUUUUCUAUAAGGAAAAACUACUUAGAAUUUGCUAAAUUUGUCUCUAAGGACGAUGUGAAGUUUUGCAAGAAUCCGGAAUAUGAUCUUGAAAUUCUUCAGGAAGCAUUCAUGUAUGGAGAUUUGGCGAUCUGCAUGUGGUUGCUUGAUGAGGUCAAAAUUACCGCCAGGUUUUUGGGACACGUUUGGAAAAACAAAGUUCUUUGCCGUGCAGCUGCGAACAGAUACCAUGCAGGAGGCAACAUUCAUUAUCUGUUCUCAAAGUUCCAAUUCUCCAUUGUUGAACAAAGAAAUGCUCUUGUGUCAGUAUUUCAUACAAAACCUUUCAUUGCUGCAAGUGCAGAAAGGAUUAUGCAGUUGUUAGGCAGUAAUGUGAGGUUCAAAAUAUCAGGAUAUUCUUGGAUGCAUUACGCCGCGACAAACAGUCUAGACGCAGUGGAGUUUGUGCACAAUAAGGACACAAGCCUGAUCAACGAGAUCACUGACGAAGGUGCAACAGUUCUCCAUUUCGCUGCAAUGAAGGGAAACGUGGACAUAUGCACGUGGCUGAUCGAUCACGGACAAAACCUCUACGCUGUGAACCAAAACAAUGAUGGAACUUUCCUCCAUUACGCUGCUCAGAACGUGACAAACGGAUUCUGGAUCAUUACAAAAUUUGGACCCAAACUGCUUUACUUUGUGAACCGAAUCGACAAAUACUUGCACACUCCUCUUCAUUGGGCCUUGGUCAGCGAAUAUAAUGCAAUUAGAAUCGCUAGAGCUUUGCUAAGCUAUGGUGCCGAUUUGAGAGUGAAAAGAAAUGGAAACAACUUUCUUCACUUCUGCAUCGUUGCUGGCAAGUUGAGAUGUGCCAAAUUGAUACACGCCAAGAACAAAAAUAUGAUCAAGCAAAGGGGAGAGGGUAGAAAAACCACACUGCAUAUUGCUGCCGACCACUUUAAUGAAGAAAUCUGCGCGUGGCUGGUGAGUGAGGGAGCCGAUCCUCAAGAAAUUACCAUUGGAGGAAAAACUGUUCUUGAAUCAACUUGCAGUGAGGAGGCGAAGAAGUUCCUCCAAUCGUUGAUCACAACCAAGAAAUAG